CGCGGAUAAGGUCCUCCUUUUUUUUUCCAACGACUCCUCGCUAUUGCCUCAAACACCCUCGCCAUUUACAUUGCGAUACUCGCUACUGUGUCCUGUGCUCCCGAAAUAAUGAGCGCCCGAACUAGAAGGCAAAAGGCCGCGUUGGCCGCUCAGUCGGAAGGAAGCGACGUAUCAUCCGUUGGCAAUGGCACCAUUCAGAAAUCUCCCAAGAGAGGCAGGCCGAGCGCGACCCCAGAUGUAGAGGAUGGUGUGAAGGAGAAUGUGUACUUGUUCGCACCUAACCUUAUUGGUUAUGUACGAGUGGUUUUGACAAUUGCUUCCCUUUACUACAUGCCUCUUCACCCACGGACAUGCUCUUUCCUUUACACUGUCUCCUGCUUGCUGGAUGCCCUGGAUGGGUAUGCGGCGCGUUACUUCAAUCAAUCUACCACAUUCGGUGCUGUUCUUGACAUGGUGACGGAUCGUUGUACCACUGCCUGUCUUCUCGUCUUUCUGAGCUCCGCCUGGCCGCGAUGGGCAAUCGUCUUUCAGUCGCUGAUUUGCCUGGAUAUGGCUAGUCACUACAUGCAUAUGUAUGCUACGCUCAGCAUGGGAGGUGCCGGCCAUAGCCAUAAGAAGGUUGAUUCCGGCAGAAGCUGGAUUUUGUACCAGUACUACCAUAGCAGGACUGUCCUGUUCAUCUGCUGUGCUCUCAAUGAGGCUUUCUUCAUUGGCCUCUACUUGCUUUCUUUCUCUUCCCCCACUCUUUCUCCCUCGCUCCUCCAGUCUCCCCAGGGCGUAUCGGUGGGUGGAGCUUCUGCUGAGGCGGCUUCAAUGAGCGUGUUUGCGAGCCCCUGGAGUGCUGGAGCUUUGGAACUCGCCCGCGCAAACAAAAUUGAUAGCUCAUUCCCUUGGGUGGUUACCGUAAUCUCUUUCCCAGUUAUGGCUUUCAAGCAGUUUGUCAACGUUGUGCAGCUCGUCAAGGCAAGCAACUGGCUCGUGGAGGGUGACCUGGCCAACCGACAGAAGGCCGCGCGCGACGCGAAGAACCGGUAAUAUAGGUUAAUGCGAUAAGGGCCGCUAUUUCCAGGUUGCGUAAUGAGGUGAAUCUCGUCGCCUACCUUACCUUCCCAUCUUCACUAGUGCUCUCAAGCUCAACAUCGAGUUUCCACUAGAGAAUGGACUCCGCCUCACCUUGGCAGUCUACAUCUUCUUUGUGCAUGGUUCUGGUGCUCUGGUCCUUUUUGUUUCGGGGGACGGCAUGGAGUAACCUUGUUGCUAUAU